UCCAUCAUUUCCUCAGCUUCCAAACAAAAUACCCGCUAUCUUCUAGCUUCCUCUUGAAUCGGUAUCACCACAAACAGGUUGCACGACAAAAUGAGGACGCUGUCCAGAAAAGUUACUUUGAAUACUCAUGGCCAAGAUUCUUCUUAUUUUCUGGGUUGGCAAGAGUAUGAAAACAAUCCUUAUGAUGAGAUCAAGAACCCAACUGGGAUUAUUCAGAUGGGUCUUGCAGAGAAUCAGCUCUCGUUUGAUUUGCUUGAGUCAUGGUUGGCGAAAAACCCUGACGCAGCCGCGUUCAAGAGAGACGGGCAAUCCAUUUUCAGAGAACUUGCUCUGUUUCAGGAUUAUCACGGCCUCCCCGCAUUCAAGAAAGCAUUGGUUGAUUUCAUGGCGGAAAUCAGAGGAAACAAAGUAACUUUUGAUCCAAACAACAUUGUCCUCACCGCCGGAGCUACCUCGGCCAACGAGACUCUUAUGUUCUGUCUCGCCGAACCUGGCGACGCCUUCCUUCUUCCCACACCCUACUAUCCGGGAUUCGAUAGAGAUCUCAAAUGGAGGACCGGAGUAGAGAUUGUGCCAAUUCAUUGUACAAGCUCUAAUGGCUUCCAAAUCACUGCAUCGGCUCUGGAAGAAGCUUAUCAAGAAGCCCAUGAACGUGGGUUGAUAGUUAAAGGUGUUUUAGUCACCAACCCGUCAAACCCACUCGGCACCGCAAUGACCCGAAACGAGCUGAACCUUCUCGUCAACUUUAUCACCUUAAAAGGAAUUCACUUAAUCAGCGACGAAAUAUAUUCAGGCACAGUUUUUAGCUCUCCAGGAUUCGUGAGCGUCAUGGAGAUUUUAAAAGAAAGGAAAUGCGAGGACACCGAGGUCUGGAACCACGUUCAUGUCGUUUACAGCCUCUCCAAAGAUCUAGGCCUGCCUGGUUUUCGCGUUGGAGCCAUUUACUCCAACGAUGACAUGGUUGUUGCAGCCGCAACAAAAAUGUCCAGCUUCGGCCUGGUUUCUUCCCAAACUCAGUAUCUCCUCUCCGCCAUGCUCUCCGACAAGAAGUUCACUAAGAACUAUAUUCAAGAAAACCAAAAGAGACUAAGACAGAGACAGAAAAAACUCGUCGCCGGCCUCGAAAAUGCCGGGAUCACCUGCUUAAAAAGCAAUGCAGGUUUGUUCUGCUGGGUUGACAUGAGGCAUCUUCUCACGUCCAACACUUUUGAAGCUGAAAUGGAGCUGUGGAAGAAGAUUGUUUACGACGUCCGCCUCAACAUCUCCCCCGGCUCCUCCUGCCAUUGUUCAGAACCAGGCUGGUUCCGAGUCUGCUUCGCUAACAUGUCGGAGGACACCUUAAAACUCUCCAUGAAAAGACUCAAAGGAUUCGUAGACUCCAUUAAUGGCCGCACACAGAGUCAUCAAGCUCUCAAGAGCUUGCGGAAGAAGACGAUCACCAAGUGGGUUUUCCGACUAUCGUUUCAGGACCGCGAGCCCGAAGAACGAUAG